AUGGCUCUUCCAUCAUCAUCCUCAUCAUCUUCUACAUCAUCUUCUCCAUCUUUAUCCCUGACUCAGUUCGAAGGAGGCCAACUUCAGCUGCAGCUCACUAACACCAACUACAUCAACUACUUCAAACACGGGUUCAAGGCCCGCAUAGGAGCGGCAAGGGCACCGAAAGGCGCGAAACUCUGCCACGAGGACUUCUGGCCGUCCUGCACGAACACGUCUGCCAACAAUGACAUCAACGGAGCUCACUUCGAAACAUUCGAAGAAAAAAGCAUUUCUUCAAUUGAUCAGUUCAAAGAUAGCGUUGCUGCAACUAAUGAAGGCAGCAACAAAGAAAAACUUCAAGAAAAAUCUGCAAGAAAGUUCCCGUCAACUGACCUCACUAAAUUGAAGAUCACACAGAAGAAUUUGUUUUACACAACAAAGCCUGCAACUUCAGCCAUGUUUUUGGGGUGA